GAACCCAUGUUUAAGGAUAUGUUUGGAAGAUUACAACAACUCUCACGACGUUGCAUCAGACACUAUCAUGCAUCGAUGACACCGAACCAAUCAUUUUACGAUAUCGUUGUCGUUGGAGGUGGUAUGACUGGUCUAAGCUUUUGUGCCUUAGCAGCCAAUUCUCCUAUUUUCAAUGGAAAACGCAUUCUUCUGCUCGAAAGUGCACCUUAUAAACCGUACCUAUUAAAGGAUACCUACGAGACGCGCACAGUUGCUCUCAGUAGAGCUUCCCAAAGCAUGUUAGAAGCCGUAGGAGCCUGGGAUUUUGUUCGGUGCAAACGGAUGCAACCCGUUAAUCAGAUGAAAAUAUGGGAGGAUCGUUCGGACGCAUAUUUAACAUUCGAAAAUGGUCCCCUUGCCUACAUUGUGGAAAAUGGCUUAGUGACAGAAUCUCUGCGAAUGGCCGCUUUGAAAAAUUCUGAGAUGUUUACGAUGAAAUAUGGAACCCUGGUUAAGCACAUCCAGUUGCCUCCGGAGGAUCAGCCAACGACCCCUAUCAGAUUGACCAUAGAAGACCCGAAGAAAACUCAGUCUAAUGUCGUGGAGACCUUUCUGCUGGUCGGAGCUGAUGGGAUAGACUCCACAGUGAGGGAAGCUGCGGGACUGAAGUCCAUUGGUUGGAGUCACGGACAAAGCGCCGUGGUGGCUUCUCUAUGUAUGAGUGAGUGCAGAGAAAAAUCGACAGCUUGGCAGAAGUUCACCACUACUGGUCCAAUCGCCCUCCUUCCGCUAUCCGACAGGUUCUGUUGCCUCAUAUGGAGCACUACUAACGAGGAAUCUGAAUUUUUGAUGGCUUUGACAGAGGACGAGUUCGUGCAUCGUCUGAACGAAGUGUUGUCACGACCGAGCGAUCCAACCCCUACAACUGCAAUAUUCCUUUCUCGAAUGGGACGGAGAUGCGCCAAAUUCCUCGACCGUCUAUGUGGAAUCCCCGAGGCUGUUCCGGUCCCUCGUCCAAUUUCUCCGCACAUCGACAGUUUACAACAAGGAUCAACUCGAAAACGGUUUCCGCUUGGAUUUAAGCAUACCACUUUUUACCACGCUCCUGGGGUAGCUCUUGUUGGUGACGCGGCUCACCAAAUCUUACCUCUCGCUGGGCAGGGUGUCAACCUCGGUUUUGGAGACGUCAUGUGUCUGGUCCGUAAACUGGAGAAAGCCAUCGCCCAGGGAAGCCAUAUUGGAACCGUCACUUUUCUCCAAGAAUACACCACCGAGCGCCAGCGUGCUGUUCUGCCGAUAAUGGCAACCAUGGAGGCUUUGAACUUGAUGUACUCAACAUCUGCCUAUUGUUCCCACUUUUUUGCCUCUCCGGAUGCAGAAAACAGAUACCCAAUGCUGCGAUUCUGCUCAAGAAUCUUAACCGCGAUGCGUGCUUCUGGCGUUGAUACAAUCCAAUCGAGUGGGUUGAUCAAAAAAAUCCUUUUGGACACAGCAACUUACGGGCGAAUAAGUUCUCGAAGUUUUAACACAUAAAUAGAAAGCGAUCCCAUCUGGAAUCAUUCACAUUUUUAGUAAUAAACAAUGUUCACAC